AUUAUCACUUUCUUGUAGUUGGACUUUACAUUGGAUUAAUAAACCUGAAGUAGUAGAACUUUUUCAAUUUUUAAAUUCACAUUUAAAACUUCCUGAUCAUCAUUUACUUGGGAGUAAUAUUUUAAGUGAUGCAGUUAAAGAAUCUAAUAAUACAAUGAUAAAAGUUUUUCAAGAAGAUUCAAUUAGAGUUAUACUUACAUUUGAUAAUUGGACAAAUGUUAGAAAUGAGCAUUUGUUAGGUGUAGUAAUUCUUACAUCUGAAGAAGUAAUGGAAAAAACUAAAGAAAUGUUUACAGAAUUAAAUAAUGAGAAAAUUAAAGUUUGUGCAGUUGUAAAAGAUAGUGCGGGACUAUAUGCAACAUCUAG